AUGAUGUCCCCCUUUAGCCCGACUGCGAUCCUCGUGGGCUUCCUCCUCCUCUACGUCUCCUCGUUCUUGAUCUUCGCCAUUGUUCGUGUCGCGACGGGAAUUUCGAUUCAACGAAUUGGGUACUUCUCACUUCGUCGGAUUGCCUAUGCUCCUCGGGAAGGUGUGCAGAUCGAGCUGCGUGGUCUGGGGUUGUCCUUACACUUGCCAUCGUUUGCCCAGCCAACAUGGAUAAGUGUCAAAUUGACGGACCUCAGCGUCGUCUUGGAUUCACACGCCUUGGAAAGGAGCAAGGUUAGGAGGAAUGCACGCGAACAGAGGCCCCUGGAAUCGCAAACCUCCCCAGGUGAUGCGAGUGGACCGGAUGGGUUGGAAGCCCCCCGAGUGUCUUCACCGAAGUCGCAGAAUGGGACAUCAGCACAGUUGGCUCGCAUCAAGGCUGUUCUGAAGCGGAUCCAUCGGCUGAUUAAUUGGCUGGCUUUGGUCGAUGUGGUUGCCGUCAAUACUAGCAUCCGCUUCCUUGAAACCGGCCAGAUACAGAUUGGAUCGCUCUCGCUGGCGGUGGAUACCAGACCGAAAAUGGCGGAAAGGGGGAAUGUCUUCCGUCUCAAAAAAGAUAAAUCGCGUAAACAGCGGCCGGUGGAAUGGAUGAUAAGUGUUCAAAAUGUCAUGCUUACGACGGACGGCCAGGAGCCCACAGAGCUGAUUGAUACUGCGGCCUUAAACGUCCACGGCUUUCUCUACAAAGACCUUGAAGGGCUUAGGGACGCUUCGAUUGUGAUAAAAAUAGGCAGGAUUCAUAUUCCUUAUGAUAACCUGAUGCCGCUCUUGCGACGAGCCAAACAGACCACAUCAUCUGAAAAACUUGCUGCUGCGGCAAAAGAUACUGAUGGAGAGUUCUCGGUCGCUGAGUACGUGGAGGAGCUUGAUACACCCGAGAGUCAGGAUGAUGUGAUUGCCGAGAAAGUGGCUGCUUAUAAGGAAUUUCUGAGCUUCUUGCUUCGUGGUAUCCAAGAGAUACAGGUCACCCUGAGUUUUUUCAGGCUUUCACGGUCCCUACAAUCACUUGCUGCAGACCAGCAUGCCAUGUAUUUGAACGUGGUUUCCCAUGAGCUGGGGGUUGACCUCCAUCGGAUGGACCAGAGAAGCCCUUCGCAUCGCAUGUAUUUCCGACGCGAUGAUAUUGCCCACCAAGCGCUUUUUGCUGCGAUUGCUCUUUCGGUAAGCCUGGACGAUAGCUCUGGCGAAACCGAUAAUAUCUUGUAUAUACCCAUGGCUACGACAACCAUCAAAACGACCCUCCCUUCGAAGACAGUCAGCAGCUUUGGCGAUUGCAACCCGGAGGAGAGGAAUGCAAACGUUUUGUUUGCCAAUUUGGUUAUCACAUCCCCAUCUCUCGAUUUAGAGCCCAAACAUGUCUCUCGACUUCUUGCCGUCGCACAGUCGCGAGCCUCUUCUCCGCGUCCUCGGAGAAGAAAUGACCAUCAUCUGAUUUAUCGCCUACUACCGAAGGCAACUAUAAAAGUUUCCAUACACGAACCAGUUAUCCGGUUUAUUCUUCCAAUAUCGAAUGGCAUUGGUGCUUCUCAAGACGAGUAUAAUUUACUUAUCUACUCUAUAUCUUCCAUAUCGCUGGAUAGCGAAUCAUCUCAUGAGUCUCACGAACCAGAGGGUGAUGCAUCUUACUCUCUCUCAUCUACUUUUAGGGCCGCAGCUUAUAACCUUUACUACCAAACACCCUUCGGUGUGAAACAUAAUCUGCUGACCACAGAGACUUUGGAGUUCAAGAUACUGCUGAACGCCGCUCCUGAAGUUUCAGUCAUUGCGUUUGGAAGCUUAAACUCUUGUUCGGCGCACAUCAUUGACAGCGAAGUGAAUCGCGGAAUUCAUCAGCUUAUCGAGCAGUUCCGCGCCCAUAGACAGCAAAAGAAGACGUUCUUGAGCCCAUUCGAGGAGCGAAGACCCACACCUUUGAGGCGCCUUCCUCCUUGGCUACUUAGAUUUCAGUUUGAGGCUACCGGGCUCAGCUUGGAAAUUGCUGGUGUGGAUGGUGGCGUGUCAGAGAUCUCUCGUGGGGUAUCUUUACAGCUUGAAUCAUGGACCGCUGACUAUAGGGCCCAGAAAUAUGAGCCCAAUCUGAGUUUUACAAGACGGCGUACGCCAAGUUAUUCUACGAUUGGAGAUGUGUCCCCCUUUCGAAUCCACCCGGCAUCACCCCCCAGAAAGGCGCAAAACGGCGCAACAGAUGGGAGGCGACUCGCGUUUUAUGUGCGCAAACUCGAGGGAUUCGUAAUUGAAUCAGACGAUUACUUGGACCCAGAGCCGUUUUUGUCCCUGCCAAGAUUUGAAGUUGCUCUGAGCACGACAAGCGACCGUAAUGGACCGCUGCUUUACAUCAACUCGGUGGUAAAGGGUGUCUACCUUCAGUAUUCGCUUUAUCGCUAUUACUGUCUGGGGAUUGCGAUGAUUGUCUUCCAGGACACUUUUAUGAGCAAGCAUCCUGCGAAAGUAUCACCAGAAUCAACUAGUCAGGCAAAUGGGAAAGAUCCCUCCAGUCCCGCGUCAGAACCUACUCCCCUACCAUCGCAGCAAAAGGAGCCCGUAACAAUUGAUAUGAGGGUAACGGUCAUUCAGCUCAAAACUUUCAUGCCUUCGGACCCACCCAUGCUGCUGCAGAUUCAUGGAUUGACGGCAGGUCGCCAUCGCCUAUCUUCUCCGUUCGCAAAGGCAAAUCUCGUUCGAUUACAUGCCGAAGCUCCCAAGCUCAAAGGCAUCUGGGCAAGAAUUGUGAGCUUGACCAACGUCAAGCUUGAUCAGCGUACGAUUAAGCUGAAACAAGGUAGUGACUUAGUUGAAGAGAGAUCAAUUGAUAUAGGCGCGGACUUCAUUCGACUUGGCGUCCCACACCUCAUGGUCAUGCACAGAAUUUUUGAUAACAUUAUUAACACGACAAAAGCUCUAAAGCAGCUUAACCAUCGUUUCAAAAGUCGUUCAAGCGAAUUCAUUUCACAGAGAGAGCCAGAAAAGCCGAAAAAGCUCCCAAGAAUAUCGUUGCGCUGCAAAGCCUUGUUGUUUGCUUUGGAGGAUGAUACGUUCGAGUGGAAAUUGGGCUGUAUAUAUCGAACAGGAUUACGGGAACAGAGUCAACGUCUCGUUCGAGAAGAAGCCUUCUAUUUGAAAAGCCAAAAAGUCAAGGAGCCAGGUGAACGACGCUCCUCGUCUAAACUGCGCGCACAGUCAAGUCACCAGAAUCUUGGCUCUGAGUUCGCUCGUCCGGAUCUGAGAAGAAGUACGAGUGCCGAUGCCAGCCCUCACGCUAACUACCACGGAAGGGGGAGGAAAUACCGUUAUGAUACUGAAGGCUCUGCUUGUUUGUCUUCUGCAUCCAGUGUCUCCACAGAAGCCGCCUGGUACCAACUUCAGCUAUACAAUGCUCGAAGUUGGAAACACAAGAUAGAUGCUGCUUUGCGGUUCCAAGGAACAUCCAUGAAAGAGAUCAGGAACCUCUUUUCCGGGGUCGAUGAGCCACCCGAUAAUGGGAACGAGUCUGAGACAAUUCUUGCCAUCCCGAAUAGGCCUGCCCUCAUGUCAGCUUUGAUAAGCGAUGUAAAUCUGGUCAUCGACAAACCUUUCUUCCCAUUUCAGGACUACCCGACUUUCCUCCAUGAGAUUGGGAAGGGCAUGCCGAUGUCUACACAAUACGCAUUGCUCAUUCCAAUGAGCAUUAGGCUGGACAUGGGUGAAGCUCGUGUUAAUUUGAGGGACUACCCUCUGGACUUGCUGCAUGUCCCAGCACUCCGUCCUGGGCAAUCACCAAGGUUGCCCAGCUGGUCUCUACGGAGUAAUUUUGUCAUUGCUGAGGAGUUCCGUGAUUAUCGGUCAUCGAGGCAGGUGCAGUUAGAACUUGUGCCAUCAACUGAGCUGCCAGGCGGGUCUCAAAGCGAGCCUUUCUUUAUUGAUGUUUGGAGAUCAGUGUCACCUGUGAAAACCUACUCUGAUCCGACUGUCGAGAUCAAUACCAGCCUUCCUACAAGCAUUUCCUGGGGCAUGUCGUACCAGCCUGUUAUCCAGGACAUGAUGAAGAUAUUUGAAGGUUUCACGAAACCGGAAAUCGACUUGUCCGAACGAGUCGGUUUCUGGGAUAAAAUCCGGCUUAGCUUCCAUUCUCGGAUAAGAGUAAUCUGGAAAGAAGAUGGGGAUGUCCAUUUACGUUUAAAAGGUAAUAUUCCUGUCUAUCAUAACUACAUGAUCGUUUUGCUCAUGAUUUUCCAAAGGCUCCCGUGA